AUGGAUACUAGCAACAGUAACGGGGACCACGACUCCCACGUGGCAGUACAGACGGAGGACGAUGAUACUUAUAUGCCACCUUCCCCCUCCAUGAGCGAGAGCUCUAUGAUUUUUGAACGAAACGUGGAGGACCCGUCAUAUCUCUAUAAGACGGUGUCAAACAACACUGCGAACCCUCUUUCCAGGCAAAGCAGUAGGACCAGUUUGUUUAAUCAUAAUAACACUAGCAAUAGGAAUAUCCAUAAUCUGAGCCAGAAAUCGUCUGCAGUAAACCUGCACCUACAACCUUCCAGGACAAAUGAGUCCAUAGCAUCUUACCAAACGUAUAAUCCUGAUUUCGUUGUGCAGACUCCCCUAGAUCACCGUCGUACUUUAGAGAAUUUCGUCCCUCCUGCAUUAGACGCUGGUUGUUCUAUUGUCACUGACGAGACGACUGGGCUUGAUGACGUCGAUAUGGUCUACUCAAGAAGGCCAUCUACAAUUGGGCUGGAUAGAGCCCUGGGCAGAACUAGGAGUCUCUCAUCUCAAUCUUUUGAAAACGAAAUGUCACCUGCGCACCCAAGAUCUCCCAACGAACACGGUUCAAGAUUGCUAAGGUUUUAUUCCUACGCUGACAUGCUAUCUGAUGACAACAACAUCAACAACAACAGCAACUCCACAGUAACACCGUCUUCAGCAAACCCCCUGAGAAGACCGCCUAUGCAAAAUCACUACUCGUUUUCGUCAUCAAUUAUGAAUACGCCUUCUCACUUGCCCUCACCCCCAUCAGCUUCGGCGUCACCCCCACAACACAUGGGUUUUACCAACCCUUUCAUCAUAUCCAGACGCUACUCUAACACAACGACCAAUAAUGCCAGUGGGGUUGGCAGCGGCGGCAACAGCGCUGGCGCCGUGCUAUCAAGAUCGCCAUCAAACCAGCAAUACCUGCUGAAACAACAGAGGUCACCCUCAGGCACCGUCCAUUCGAGAAGAAACAGCAACAUGCCAAGCAGUGCUACAAACAUCAUGACUGGGAAGCCCAAAUCCAAGUUCCAUAUCGAGUCCAGUGGCAGUGAAGGCUUUUCGUCUGAAGAGGAGGACAACGAUGCAAUUGUAAGAGGCAAACUUCAUCUGAAGCAAAAACUAGAAUCGCAGCUGGCUCCGUCACCAUCAAUUGCUGUCAACACAACUAAUCAUAAUAAUAACAACAAUAAUAAUAACCACAAAAACAACCCUCCGUUUUCAAACUCAAAUCCAAGCUCGAAAUCAAAUUCGAACUCUACAAUAACCGCCAUGAACCCAAGCGCAGCCAAAUAG